UGAAAUAAUAGAUACGUGAGCUUGUGUUUGAAAUGUGGUAUCUUAACGAGCGAUUUCAUAAAAUUCAUUGGACAGAUUGAUUAUUAAUGUCACUGUACGUGUCGAACGCAAGAAUGAAUUUCUGUUCCUGACACAUUCGGAAAAAGUCAGUGAGACCGUAAUAUUUGAUUCUGAACGGUUAGCGGGAUGGGGUUUUCUGCAAGUUUGCAAGGACAAGCGUCCCACGAGGCUUUGCUCGGUCGUCAGGAUGCUGAGAUUAAACUUCUCGAAACAAUGAAGCGAUGUUUAACUAUGAAAGUUAAAUCGGAUCGUGAAUAUGCCUCGACAAUCUCCGCCCUAGCGACUCAGGGAAAGAAGAUCGAGCGCAACGAGGACCUCGUCGGUAGCCUAAUAGCGCAGAGUUGGAGAGAUAUUAUGGACUCUGUCGAUCAAAUGGCUAAGUUAAUCAAGCAACAAGCAGAUUCAGUUGAAACUAUAGUGGUUGAACAUAUUGCUGUGUUGUGCUCAGAUAGAAGAAGGGCUAGGAAAUUGUACCAGGAAGAACAGACAUGGUUGAAUAAUCAGUUUCAACAAUUGACUGAAGAUGUUGCCAGAAAGAAAUUGGAAUACCAGAAGAAUCUGGAACUAUACAAGUUAAUGAGAUCCCGGUUCGAAGAACAUUAUGUUAAAUCGGGUAGAGUCGGCAGAAAAGUGGACGAAGUAAGGGAAAAGUAUCAGAAAGCUUGUAGGAAACUUCAUCUUACGCACAACGAAUACGUGUUACUUUUGGGUGCUGUAACAGAAUGCGAACAUGACUUAAGAACUUGUUAUUUACCAAGUCUGCUUCAUCGACAACAAGCAAUUCAUCAAGAACUCGUGACGUCAUGGAAAGCCAUACUUCAAGACAUAGUGAAGUAUUCAGAUUUUACAACGGACAAGUUCCAAGAGAUGCACCUACGAAUGCAAAAGGCUGUCGACUUGGUAAAACCUGUAGAAGAGUACAGGGACUUUAUAGGAAAGCAUAGAACGCGACCAGUUUCACCGAUAAGAUUCACAUUCGAUGAGAAUCUUGUAGACGAUACCUCGGGGAAAUUGUUGCCAAAUAAACUGACGGUUGAUAAUCUAACGAUAGAUUGGUUAAGAAAUCGACUAACUGAAUUGGAGACUUCUCUGAAAGCGACACAACAGAAUCGUCAAAAUCCUCAACAUUUAUCCGAAAAUAAUAGCGACUCUAAGGCAUCGAUCCUGGAUUAUACCCGCGAGAGAGAAGAAUUACGAUUACGUUGUCAGGAAAAAAAGCUUCAACGACAAGUGGACGUUAUUAGAGCCGCUUUAAAUGAGUUAGGCUGCGAAGAAUUACCGUUGGGUUAUGAUCUUACCAUGGAGAGUUCUUUUACCGAUUCACCUGCUAUGAAUAAGAAACGUACCAUGCCAGACAUUGGUUUAUUUACAUUACGAAGAAAUCAACGGUUUAUGACUGUGUUUAAAUCUCCAUUCAAAUCUUUACCGAUGAUUAACUAUACAACACACGGAACGAUUAGGUCGAGUAGCGAAGGUCCUGCUUCAAAAACAGAUAAUACUUUACCAGCGCCAUUACGUGGGAUUUCACAGUUGACAAGUAAUCAAAAAGGAAACGUCAAUGGCGAUCUCACGGACGAGGAAUGGUUUCACGGUGUAUUGCCAAGAGAGGAAGUGGUCAGAUUACUUGUGAACGAAGGGGACUUUUUAGUACGUGAAACAACAAGAAACGACGAGUGCCAAAUAGUUUUAUCAGUUUGUUGGGACGGGCACAAGCAUUUCAUUGUACAGACAACCGAGGGACAUUACAGAUUCGAAGGUCCCACAUUUCCGUCGAUUCAGGAGUUAAUUAGGCAUCAGUGGUUAUCUGGAUCACCUGUAACGAGUCGAUCCGGAACUAUUCUUAAAACGCCAAUCUUGCGUGAACGAUGGGAGCUGAAUAACGAUGAUGUAGUGCUUCUAGAAAAAAUAGGACGGGGUAACUUUGGGGAUGUAUAUAAAGCGCAACUUAAAACUUGUAAGACUGAAGUAGCUGUAAAAACCUGCAAAGUAACCUUGCCGGAUGAACAAAAGCGGAAGUUCCUGCAGGAAGGACGGAUAUUAAAGCAAUACGAUCAUCCGAAUGUUGUGAAACUCAUUGGAAUUUGCGUUCAGAAACAGCCUAUCAUGAUCGUUAUGGAACUGGUGCCCGGUGGCUCCUUGUUAACGUAUUUACGAAAAAAUGCUAGUAGCAUCAUGCAACAAGAACAGCUUCGUAUGUGUAAAGAUGCAGCAGCAGGUAUGCGCUAUUUGGAAUCUAAAUACUGUAUCCAUAGAGAUUUAGCAGCACGAAAUUGUCUCGUAGGAUACGAGUCCAUAGUAAAAAUUUCCGACUUCGGAAUGUCACGGGAGGAAGAAGAAUAUACAGUUUCGGAUGGUAUGAAACAAAUUCCAAUUAAAUGGACCGCGCCGGAGGCGUUGAAUUUCGGGAAAUAUACAUCGCUAUGCGAUGUAUGGAGUUACGGGGUCUUGAUGUGGGAAAUAUUUUCCAAGGGCGGAAAUCCUUACAGCGGAAUGUCCAAUUCUCAAGCUCGUGAAAAAAUAGACUCAGGUUACCGUAUGCCAGCACCAGAGAACACGCCUGAAGAAAUAUACCGUUUAAUGCUACGAUGUUGGGAAUACGAACCGGAAAAACGCCCCCAUUUUGAUCAGAUCUACACAGUCGUCGAGACGUUAUCUCAAGCGUACUUGUAAUAAGAGAUAAGUUUCAAUCGAUGCUAAUUUGAAUCAUGA